ACAAAAAGGAGAAACGUCAAAUCAGUUUUCUCAUUUUCCAAAAUGAUUGAUAAAAUUGUAUAAUUAAAAGUAAUAGCUAUCUUUAAAUUAAUUGUAGUUCAGUUCUUAUAAAAGCGACUAACAACAUGGACUUUUUCUCGGAAAUUAUUGGAGAAACUGUGAUUUUAGGGUUGGAUUCCCUAAUCUUAGGGUUCUGUAUCAAACAGCUGAGCAAAUGUAAACACAUACUCAAUGCUCUACAGACAGCUCCAGUCCUCGACAUAGACUCAACAUUGAACAAGGAGAUCAAUAAGUAUCCAAAUAAUACCAUCCCAUUUGUGGUGAUCCGUGGCCUUGUGAAGCCGCUGGGAAACCCUAUCACUAGCAACUAUAAUAACUCAGUCACUGGAGUCAUUCAGAGAUUGACUAUAAAAGAACAUGUGAUAGCGAGGACCUCGGCCGGUUUCUGGUCAGACCAAACACGAACUAUCCACGAAGUGUGCAACUCUACACCGUUUGUGCUCAGCAAUGGCAAAUACAAUAUCGAAGUUGUGGACGCACUGGCGGCGGAAUUACUUGAUAUGGAUGUAAUCUCUGACAAAUUCGAGCCUAUGUCACCUGGAGUGAUCGAUCAUGUGUGGGGCUUCUUCUCCGGCGUCAGACAACGAGGGCUUCAAACUAUGGAGGAGAUGCUCCGAGACGGAUCCUACAUCACAGCUAUUGGGGAGCUGAGUCGAAGUAACACGGGAUCUUUGAAGAUCCAGCCCCCAAGAGACGGGCUUCCAUUGUACCUGACUACUGCUACGAAGUCAUCACUGCUGAAGAGGCUAGCUAGUUCAAGAGAUUUCUUGAGGGUGCUCCUGGUGGUGUUCGGGUCAGUGGCGGUGGCGGCGUCGUGCCGCGUGCUGUACAAGUACCUGGCGCGGCGCAAGCGGCGCGCGAGAGAGGAGCACCUCAAGCGGACGCUGGCGCAGAGUCGCCGCCAGCGCCGCAAGGACAACCGCGACAAGAACCUGCCCGACCUGCAGCUCUGUGUCGUCUGCUCGGAGAACCCUAAGGAGAUAAUUCUACUCCCGUGCGGCCACGUGUGCCUGUGCGAGGACUGCUCUGACAACAUCACCGGGAGCUGCCCCAUCUGUCGCGAGAGGAUCGUCUCCCGAGCGCCCGCCUUCAUCACGUGAGGCUGUCGGCCGCGGAGAGAGACAGGUAGAUGUCACCAACUCCUUCUCAUUGUUAUCACCGUGAUGCUAAAUUAAAUAUUAAAAAAAAACGAUUUCGCAGGUUAUUGGAUGUGCAUUGUGCAGUAACCAUAGCUUCGCGAAAUGUGAUUACAUGUUACAUAACCAUACUUCCCUGCUCUGUAACUACAGUCUCCGAUGUGAAUUUUACCAUUGUUAAUCUCUCUGCUUAGGAAAGAUCACAGAAGUGCACACACUUGUUGUAUAAAGUUAUUGUACAAAUAAUGUAGGAGUGAAGUGCUUUAGAUUAUAAUUAGACAUAUAUUUUUUAUUUAUUUUUAAAAAACUUGGUUUACCUAUUAGUAUAAGUACAUGUUAACUAACAUUUUAGAUAAUUGUGUGACAUUAAUAUACUACGAUAAAUGAAACUGUUGAUCAACAUGGCCUGUUUAACUUGUAUACUAAUAAGAAAACCAAGCUCUAUACUCGAGAAUAUAAAAUGGUGACAGUAUUGUGCUAUGAGAUAACACUGUUGUUGUAAUCUUGUCAUCUGAAUAAAUAUUUUGGUUGUAACAAGAUUGUAUGACACUGUUACAUGGAUUUAAGUUAGAAAUAAACAUCAAAGAAAUAAAUAUUUUAAAUUGUAUAA